AACCAAGCUUGAUUGUAUUAGGAUGUAGUUCUAAGGUAAUAAACAGUUAACUGUGACACCAGACAACGAGACUGUGGUGGGGAGAGGGCAGGGUGGGACAUUUCUGCAGACUGACUCGGAUGUGCUGCAGACAGCUGUACUUAUUUUCUGUGACGCAGACUUCCAGUGUUGCAAUAAAAAUCUACAAUUCCAAAUCUCCCCAGAAAUGCUGAAGUCCUCAGUUAUUCCCUCCAUCUUGAUGUUACUGGUUUGGUCACUGCUUCCAGUCUUACUUGCAUCAAAAUCUUUGUCUCAAGUACCAGCACAUACACAACUGAAUACAGACGGACAACCCGAAAACCAAAACAUCAAAUGUCCCAGUAACUGCUCCUGCAGCAAUGAUGAAUUUAGUGAGGAAGUAAGUAUUUUCUGCAGUUCCCGGAACCUCACUUCUAUUCCAGAUGGUAUUCCCCAAAGUACACGCUAUCUCUGGCUUGAUGGGAACCUUUUCUCUAUUGUUCCAGCUUUAGCUUUCAAAAAUCUUUCAAAUUUAGACUUCCUAACUCUACAAAGUGGCCAUCUGGUUCGGAUAGAGCAACAUGCUUUCCACGGAAUGAAAUCUCUUUCCAACCUUCAUUUAGAAAGAAACAAACUAAAACAUUUGACGCCCAAUACCUUCCUUCAUACACCAAACCUAGCUUCUUUAAGUCUGAAUAAUAACUACUUCAGUAAAAUUGAGGACGGUUUAUUUUCUGGCCUUUCAAACCUCUGGUACCUGAACCUUGGGUGGAAUUUGUUAUCAGUCCUACCAGAAACUGCAUUUCAUGAUCUUCCUAGCCUUAGGGAAUUAAUUUUGGCAUGCAACAAACUUGCAUAUCUUCAGCCUCAGCUGUUCAUUAGCCUCACAGAACUGAGGGAGUUAGAUAUGAGUGGAAACUGGCUUAAAACCAUCAAGGCCAAUGUUUUCUUCAAACUGCUGAAGCUUCAGAAGUUGUACUUAAACCAUAACCAGAUCAGUGUUGUUACACCUAGAGCCUUUGUUGGCAUGAAAUCCCUUAUGUGGUUGGAUUUGUCCCACAAUCGCCUUAUGACACUACAUGAAGAUACAUUUCUAGGUCUCUCCAACCUACAUGUUUUGCGUCUAAUGAACAAUCUCAUCACAGUCAUAAGACCCAGAACAUUUAAAGAUCUCAUUUAUUUGGAGGAACUGCAGCUUGGUCAAAACAGAAUCCAAAUACUUUCAGAAAGUCCAUUUGAUGGACUAAGCAGCUUACAAGUUCUUAUGCUUGGCAUGAAUCAGAUUCAGGAUGUUCAGCCCACAACAUUUCAAGGGCUUCAGAACUUAGCAGUUCUGAACAUCUCAAGCAACUGCCUCAAAGAAUUGCCAGAAAAUGUGUUCAGGAAUCUCAUUAAUUUGCACAGUCUGCAUUUAGAAAACUGCUGCAUUAGUAGCAUCAAACUACAUAGCUUUUCUGGCCUCUCUAAACUGAGAAGACUCUUCCUGCAACAUAAUGUGAUUGAAGAAAUUAAGGACAACACUUUAAGUGAUCUUCAAGAACUUCUGGAACUAGAUCUAAGGUUCAAUAAGCUGUCACACCUUUCCUCACAAACAUUUGUAGGAAUGAAACAUCUGGAAUACCUUCUCCUUGCUUCUAACCAGCUUAAGAAUAUCUCUCAUCAGGCCUUCACUCCUCUUCUGACACUUAUGUGGCUUGAUGUGUCAAACAACAAUAUUGAAAGCUUUGACAACUCUACCUUUACAAGUUUACAGAAGCUGAAAUACCUCAAUCUCCGGAAUAAUUCUCUGAGGAGUUUUCAGAUUCAUCAAUUGGCUUCUUCUGACACCUUAGAUAGGCUAUGGCUGGAAGGCAAUAAUUGGUAUUGCAGCUGUACUUUAAAGUCCCUCUGGGAGUUCAGUCUACGUAACACAAGUGUUGUGCCAAGGUUUGUAGAGUCUGUUCCAGAAGGAGAUGAUUCCCUCCCACCCAUAUACAUUUAUAAUAAUAUUACAUGCACUGGUCCAAAGCAAGUGAUUGGCACUGACUUGAGAGACCUCAGUACUGACUAUUUUGAGAACUGCUAAAUAGUGCUUUUAAACACUUAAAACUCAAGUUAUAUUGAACUCUACUUAAUAUGCUGACAUCUAAAUGGCAAAGAAGAAACUACCCAUUACACAUACUGCUCAAGAAAAAGUAAUGUGUGAUUUUAUUUCCUGCAUGAUAGAACUAGUGGGAAAAAUGUACAAAGCUUUCCCCUGACCUUAAUGUUAACAAAACACUGGUGAUAUGCACUAAAAUAUGAACAAAUAUUGCUGUUUUAGGUGUUUUGAAAUGCAUCAUUUAAGUAUUACAUCUUAUACAACUUGAGGAUAAUUUAUUGAAAAGUGACUCUGUUAUGCUUUACAAAAUAUUCUGAUGGUAACAUUCUUUGAAAGGGACAGCAUGGGAAAAAAACAUAUCUGUGUUCUGUGGGGACCUUUGUUUCUGAAAGCUGACAUCAUUUGGGCUCUACAACCUAGACUGCUCUAACUUAACAUAAUUAGCUACCAGACUGCCUAUUUGUAGUAUGUCUGAAUGCAAAUGUCAGCUUUGAAAAAACUGCUUUAGAAAACAAAACACUUGUCACACCAUACAUCAAGAACCCUACCACACGUUGCUAUAUACCAAAGGGUACAGGGCAGCUCCUUUCAUAUUUAGAAGUGAUGCUUUAAUCACAAGGAUGUUUCUUAACAAAAUGCAUUAUAUCUCAACACAGAUAUGCAUCAUCCAUUGUUAAGAGGCUCUGACUGUUGACAGUGUAAAUAAAUAGGCUUGUUUUACUUUCUUAAGUAAAUAAUCUCAACAGAUGAUCCUGUAAUUUGUUUUACAUGAAGUAUUUACAUGAUCUCAUUAAAUGCUGCAAAUGACUGACUUCUAUGCCACAAAUGCAGUAACACUUGAGUUACAGUAACAGUGACAUAUCACAUAAAAGUCAAUGGGACAUAAUCACAAGCUAUUCUAAGAAUGAUAAAAUGCACCUAACAGCAUUCAUCUGCAGUACUGUAGAGCUACAUAACUGUUCCAAUCAGUAAAAUAAACACAGAAUAUAUGAGAAAUCUGCUGUAAAACUUAAAGCUUUAG